AUGGCUGACAGGCGCAGGUUAGGCGUGUGCGUAGCAGCACUUGCAUGUGGGAAGACGGUUCCAAUGCUCGAGCUGAAAAGCCUUGCAGCCAGAAAGCCCUGGAAGCUCAGCCUGCCAGUUACUGAAGAAGGAAUACUGGAUGCUAUUGUGGUGUGGUUUGUACUACAGCUUGAUGACGAGCACACUCUGUCUACAAGCCCCAGUGAGGAAACGUGUUGGGAGCAGGCAGUCUAUCCUGUGCAGGGCCUCCCUGAUUAUUCCGUGAAGGCUGGGGACACUGUGAUGAUGGAAGUUUGCUGCCAAGACUGCUACUUGAAGAUCCAGAAGAUGACUACUUUGAGUUCAGAUUGCGGGAUGGACGUCGGUGACAGAGAUGAGGCACUGAGUUUGGGCAAUGAGGCUGAGCUGUGUAAUGCCCUGGCUGGUCUUCAGACAACUAGCAAACCAGAUGGCCCCAGCCAAGUGUGCGUGCUGGAAUCCACAGAAAUAGCCCUGCUCAACAACAUGCCGUACCACGAACGCUUUAAAGCUGCCAUGGGCAAAGUGCUCUUGUCAUUAAAUCCAAGUAAGGACUUGCAUUCCAUGGAUGUUGAUGGACAUGGCAGUGGAAUGAACCCCCAAGAGAGUCAAAACAAGAGCUCCCUGGACAUGGCUCCUGAUCCUUUGUACGUUUUAGAUGUGUCUGAAGGCUUCUCCAUCCUGCCUGUUAUAGCUGGCAAACUCGGACCGGUUAGAGCCUACAGUUCCAUUGAGAAAGAACAGCAUCAGGCAGCGCUUGCUGUCAUCGCAGAAGCUAACCACUUCCCUAAGGAAACAUUAGAGUUUUGGCUCAGCCACUUAGAAGAUGAAAGUGUAGUGCUACAGAGACCUAAAUCAGACAAACUGUGGAGUAUUAUUAUCUUGGAUGUUAUAGAGACAUCAGGUUUAAUCCAGCAGGAGGUGAUGGAAAAGGCUGCAAUAUCCAGGUGUUUACUUCACAGUGGAGGGAAGAUUUUCCCCCAGUAUGUGUUGGUAUACGGGAUGCUCGUAGAAUCGGAGUCUCUGUUACUGGAGAGCGCUGUUCAAGGAACGGAACCGACUCUUGGGUUUAAUAUAGCCCCUUUCAUCAACCAGUUUAAGGUACCUGUUCGUGUGUACUUGGAUCUCUCUACGUUACCGUGUCUCCCCCUGAGCAAGCCAGCAGAGCUUUUACGGCUGGAUCUCAUGAACCCGCUGUUGAACAGCUCCAGCAGAGAAGUGAAGGUACAAAUCUGUAAGUCUGGCCAAGUCACUGCAGUUCCCUUCUGGUAUCACAUACAUCUAGAUGAAGACCAGAGCUUGGAUACAUCUGAUGAGUUCUCACACUGGAAACAAGCAGCGGUGGUUCUCGAUGAGCCCAUCAGAGUUCAGGUUGGGGAUGAACUUGUGCUUGAUGUUCAGCACCAUAAAAGCAAUAUUAGCAUUACGGUGAAACGGUGAAGAAUGUCACAUGACAAACUGAGUUGUGGUUAAUUACCUGUGCAUAACAUCACUGAUGUUAAUUUAUAUUAAAGCCAGAAGUUCAUCUGCUGAGCAAA